CGUUUCUACAACUGUGCUAACAAUGGAGUCUGGUGUUUCUUUUAAUUUCUCUGAUGCAGUCGAUGAGGAGCGCAGACCGACGGAGAUGCGACUCCCCCAACUCACCACUAUCGCCAUCUUCGUCUCCACUGAUAUCAACAGAUGACACAAGGAAGAAAAAUUCUGAAAAGAAAAUCUCAGAUUCAUCUGAGCUUCAAGACUUGAACUCUUACUACUCGCAAUCGCCGCGGCCUUGCUUGGACUUGAAGCUUCAAUCCUCAACCUACUGUCAGAGCGUUUGCACCAUCGACAAAGUUAGAUUUGCUCUCCAGAGAGCAGCAGAGAAGGAACAACCCCUCACCAGAAAACGACCAUCAUCUCCUCCGGUGCAAUCGUCUUCGUCGUCGACGGCAAUGUUCGCCGCCGGGUGUCCUGGUUGCUUGCUCUACGUGGUGACUUUCAAGGAAAACCCUAAGUGCCCUCGUUGCAACUCGAUCGUUCCUUUUCCUGGGGAUGCGAAGAAGCCUCGACUUGAUCUGAAUUCCUUGCUUUGAUUUCGUCUGGAGAAUCACUGGUAGGAGAAAUAUGGAAUUGAACGAUUUGGAUUAUGAGUAUCGUUUAAUUCGAACAGAUCUUUUAAUUUUAUUUUUGUAAAGCAGAAACUUUUAGUUGAUUGAUAUAUAUAUAUAUAUAUAUAUAUGUGUUUAGCUGACAGGGAAAGUAUAUUACUGAAAAUCAUUUCAUGAC